CAUUAUCUUACUUACCCCGAUUGCCGCAUCCAAACAUCUGAUUGCUACCUAAGGAUAACAAUGACCUCGACCAAAGCAACUCUUGUCCUCGUCGGCGGAGGCUGGCACGUUCCUGCCUCCUACUCCAAGCUCACCAACGCUCUCAAGUCCGCGGGCUACGAAAUCCACGUGCCCUCCCUUCCUUCAACUAACCAAACACGACCUCCUAAUGCCGACCUGUUUACCGACACCACCGUAGUCCGCGAGUACGUCGAGAGACUGGUCGACGCUGGGCGCAUUGUCGUCGUGAUCAUGCACUCAUAUGAUGGCCAAGUUGGUACCAACGCUCUCCACGGCCUCGGACAAAAUACUCGCUCCCAGAAAGGCUUGAUUGGUGGCAUCUCCUAUUUUAUUUAUAUGAGUGCUUUUGCGCUUCCGAAAGGUGGAUCCAUGAUUGAUAAAGUCAAAGAGUUUGGUCAUGAACAUCUCAUGCCCCUGGCUUUUGAUUUCGCUGAAGACAUGAGCUGUGUCAGUCGCGAUCCGAAGCUGUUGCUUGUUGGUCCAGGUGUUGAUGAGAACGAGGUGGAAGCUUAUGUCUCAACACUGGUGCGUUGGAAUGGGAAUGGGAUGUAUCAAGAGUUGACCAAUACACCUGCAUGGAAAGACAUUCCAGUAGCUUAUAUAUAUACGAUGCAGGAUAUGACGGUACCACUCGAUUACCAGAAAUCGAUGGUCGAGAAUCUGGAGCGCGAGGGAAAGAAGGUCUAUACGGCUGAGCUGGAUACGGGCCACUGUCCAAAUCUGACUGCGACGAAGGAAAUAGUAGAUAUUAUUGACGAUAUACUAGCUGCUGGGAAAGCAUCAUAAGGAGAUGGCAUCCAGGAGCUUGCUAACCUUUGAUUGUUUGGAUGUUGAAUGGAUCAAGAAGAUUUGCUUGACUUGUAUUUUUUAUUCCUUCGACGAUCUGGGG